AUGCUUCUUUAUAAGGCUGUAUUUAAAUGUUUAAAUCCUAGCUUUAAGUAGAUGAUGAAUAUGAAAGACUUUAACUUUUAAGUGAGGGUAUCAAAUAACUUACAUCUGAAAUGCCUAAGAUAGAAACAAUUAAAAAUACAUCUCUCAUCAAAUUUUGUAAAAUAUAUAUCUAUUUAUUAAUUAGUAAUUUGUAGUUAUCCAUUUUAAUAAGACAAUAUAAAUAUGUUAAUCUAAGCAUUUUUUGAAUAUUAUAAGAAUGAAAAUUUUUUUUGGGCAUAUACUUAGGCAAUUUCCUCAAUUGGUGAAUUUUAAGAGAGCAAGGCAGUGACAUAUAAAAAAUUAUCCAUCUAUGAAGUUUAUUUAAGAAAACAGUACAAGUUUUUCAUAUUUUUAGAAAGGAAGGCAAAACUGGUUAAAGUCACUUUUAUCAAUUUUCAGAAUCUGCUUAAUAGUCAAUGACUAAAGUUAAAUUGUAUAUCUGUUCAUAAUUUCCUAAAUAUUUUUCUUUAGCCAAAGAUUUAGGAAUAGAUAUUUCAAGAAUAUAUGACAUAUUUAGAAUAUAUUUACUUAAUACGAAUAAUAAAGAGUUAAUAUUUGAAUUAAUUGAAACAUUCGAAAAUUUGAAAAAAAGUAUAUUCAAAAAUUUGCCAUGGAUUGUCUCAUUUUAAGCUGAAAUAGAUAUUUAUAAAUAAACAUUAUUUCCGUAAAAAUUAAGUAUUAAACUCAAAUCAAAUUAAUAAAAUUUACAAUUACUUUAUGAAUAAUAUAAAUUUUAAAAAGAAAAUCCUUCAUAAUCGGAUUAAUAUUCAGAAGAAAACAGUCCAUUUAUUGAUUAACAAGCUAUUAAUAAAUAAAAAAUUGAUCAAUAUUAAUCAGCAUUAUGUAAAUAAAAUUUACUAAAUUUGAUUGAUGAUUCAGUUGACUUAUAUUUAUUUCUCAAAUUAAUUAUUAAACCAUAAAAAUAUGAUUUAUCUGAUGAUUGGAAUAAUAAAUAUGGUGAAACUACAAUAAUUAAAGAUUAAUAAGGUUUUAAAAUAAAUUGUACAGAAUUAGAUGAUUUAAUAAUAAUUAGAUCUUUCAAAGCUUUAAAUUCUGUUUUAAAUUGUACAAAAAUUGAGAUCUUAAAAAUUAAAAUACAAAAUUUAUUGCCAAAAUUAUGUAAUAAAAUUUUUUAUUUCUAGUUCGUACAAUAUAUAAAGUACUUCGAGAUCCUGAAUAAAAUGUAAACUUGUAUCACCUUGGUUUAUUAAUAAAUAAAAUGUUAGAAAUGUGUCCUAAGCACACAAUGUACUAAAUAAUUAAAUUAAAUUUACUAUUCUCAUUUACUUAAUUUUUUUACAACAGCAAUAUUGUUAAUUUAGUAUUAGAAAUUUUAGAUUUAGACACAGAUAAAUAUAAAUUAGGUUACUUUGUUCAAGAAUAGGUUUGGACUUAUAUUAAUGAUACAGAUUGGUUUUAAUACCUUUUUGCUUUGUUAUUUAAAUAAAAUAUUGAUGUGCAUAAAUUAGAUGAAAGUUAUUAAAGUGAAAAAAAAGUAUAAAAUAUUAAAAUUAAAUUAGACCUAAGUUUUAAGCAUGUUACAAUCUUUAAAUAGAAAUUAAAGAGGCUCUAUAAAGUAAGACAUAUCUAUAAAUUAAUCCUAUUUUAUUAAAAGUAGUAGUACAAGUGAUAAAGUUGGAGAAGUGCAACCAUAAGAUUAUUUAAAUGAUAAAGAUGUGGAUAAUUUAAAACAUUUUAAUUAAGAUAAAUAAAAUUUCGACCCUCAAAAAAUGGAAAAAAUGAUUGAAUAAUAAAAACAAUACUAGACAAUAAAGUAUAGUAAAGGAAACAUAGUAUUAUAAGAUAUACCUUCUCCUAGAAGAACAAAAUUUGAAAAAUAAAUUAUUGAGAUACCCUUAAAAAAAAAAUAAGUUUCUUUGCCAAAACUAAAUAAUAAUUAAUUAAAUUGUUCUCUAAAAUAUGUGAAUUCUCCAUUAUCAAGAGAGAGUUCCAAGAAUCUUUCAACAGAAAAGGAUGUUUAAUUAAGUUAAAAAUCAAAAAACUCUUCUGCUAGUUUUAGGAGAUCAGAUAAUUAAGAUGAUAAUUUAUCAUCAAAUAAAAAAUUAAGAUUGCAUUAAUCAACAAGUAAAACAAAUGCUAGCCUUUUUAAAUAGAAUUAAUAAAGUAAUUAAAUUAAAGAUAUUGAAUUAAUGGAAUCUCUAUAAUUUAUCUAUUAAUUAUUGGAUUCUUUGUAUUUAUGUUAAAAGAAAUUCUUAAAUCCUAAAAAUUGUAAUAUUGUUGAAAAGACCAGUAAAAUAUUGAUAGCAGAGAAUUUAGUGCAUAUUUUUUAAACAUUUGUUAACAAGAUAAUGAAAGAGGAUUAUGGAUUAAUUUGUGGUUAAAUUUUAAAUAUUAUAUAUAAAUUGGUUUAGAGUAAUCAUUUAGAGAUGUAUUAUGAAAUGUUGAAUGAAUAAUUUUAUAAUUUUAUUUAAGAAAUAGGAAGUUUAGUGUAAUUUUUGGAAAAACAAUAGAAUUAUGGAUUCAAGAGACAUAUAAUAUCAUCAAUAUAUUUUAAUGGAUUUAUAUUGAAUAAUUAAUUAGGUCAAAAUUAUUUAGAACUAAAUAUUUAUAAAUAUUUGAGUGGUAAAAUAUUUGGUUAGUUAUAAAAAUAUUUAAUUUGUUGUCCUGAGAAUAGUAAUUAUUAAUUAUAAUUUGUAAAGUAAAAGUUUAGAUAAUAAUUAGUUUUUUGAAUAGUGUAUUUUGUAAGGCUCCAGCUUAUAUGAUUUAGUAAAUAUUAUUUAAUUAUGGUUUGUUAUAAGUUUUAUUUGAAUCACAAAGAGCUAUAAUUGUAAAUGAUAUUAAAAAUGUUCAGAGUUCAUUACAUUAUUUUGCUAUUCAAAUAAUAUAUAUAAUAAAAGAUCUAUUGUAAAAAAGACAUUUGCAAGUGAUUUUAGAUAAUCUUUAACCACUUGAUUUAUGGUACAAACUUUGCAAGGCAAGUGAGAAUUUAUAAAUAAUGAAAUUGGAACAAACAAAAUUGGCUGAACCACCAAAAGAAUAGAUAUAGUUUUCAAAGAUAAGAUAAUAGAUAAUAAAAAAAUAAUAAACAGAAUAAAGAAAUGAGAUGUAGGAGAUUUAAUAAGAAGAAUUAUGUUUUUUGACUCCUGAUUUGACACAUAGAACAUUAAAAAAUUAUAGAUUACGUAAACAAUUUGAUUUAUGA